AUGCCUCUCGACCCCAAGGACGAGCCGUUUCCGACGAAACAGCUCAUCAUCAUCGGAAUAUGCCGUUUUUCCGAGCCGCUCGCCUUCAAUUCCAUCCUCGCCUACUCGUACGUGAUGGUGCAGGACCUGGGCAUCCAUGAACGCGAUGCGUCCUUCUACUCCGGACUGCUCGUGUCGGCCUACGCCAUCGCCGAGGCCAUGACGGCGCCCCUGUGGGGAUCCAUCUCCGACGUCUACGGCAGGAAGCCGGUCGCGCUCAUUGGCCUGGCGGGCGUGGCCAUGUCCAGCAUCGUCUUUGGCAUGGCUGGCACUUUUUGGGUUGCGCUGCUUGCGCGAUUCGUCGGCGGUGCCCUGAACGGAAACGUCGCCAUCAUGCAGACCAUGGUGGCUGAGAUGGUCAAGAACCCAGCCCACGAGCCUCGCGCGUAUGCGACACAGCCCUUCGUCUGGACUCUGGGAGGCAUCAUUGGCUCCGCCAUGGGUGGCUUCCUUGCUCAGCCAGCUGUCUUCUACCCCAACGCCUUCGCCCAAGACGGCCUCUUCGGGAAAUACCCAUACCUUCUUCCCAACCUCGUCGCAGCCAUCGGCAUCGUUCUGGCCAUCAUCCAGGGCAUCUUCUUCCUGAAGGAGACCCUGGUCCGUGAGGAGGAGCCCGACCAGAACGGCGGCAUCACGUACGGCGACAACAUCAACGAGAGGAGUCGCCUGCUUCCACCCCAGCAGCCUCAUCAGGUUCCCGGACGUGUCCGCGGUUCCAUGGCUGGCUCCAUGCGUGAGCCUCGCGGUUCCAUCGUCAGCUUAACGAGGGAACGUCUGCACUCCAUGUCGGUGGCAGGCAGCAUUCGUCACAUUCGCAAGCGCGCCUCUUUCCUCGAAGAGGGCAUGCCAGCACCCUUUGACCAACGUUUCGACAUCCGCCGCUCGUCCUUUGGCACAAUGCACUCGAUUCGGGUUGCGCCUCACCCCGUCCUCCCCACUCGUGGACCGCCUGCCAAGCCGCGCGCGACUUUCAACAAGACCGUUGUCAUGAUGAUCAUCGCCAUGUCCAUCUUCGCGUUUCACCAGAUGGCCUUCAUCAGCAUUCUUCCCGUCUACAUUAUUGACGAGCCCACGACCCGCGGUGUAGAUUUCCGCGGUGGUCUUGGCAUGUCUCUCCACGAUGUCGGUGCUUUCCUUGCCAUCAACGGCUUCAUCGCCUUGUUCGUUCAAGGCUUCAUCUUCCCCAUCUUCGUUGAGCAUGUUGGUGUGUGGAAGUCGUUCUUCUACAUGGUUCUCUUCUACCCCAUCUGCUACGUCAUUAUCCCUUUCAUCAGUGCCCUCCCUGACGAAUUCAUCUCCCCCGGCGUGUACUUGACGCUCCUCCUGCAGGCCUUCUUCGGUAUCAUCGUUUUCCCCUGUUCGCUCAUUCUGAUGAAGAACGCUGUUCCCUCGCCACUGGUUCUCGGCCGCGUCAACGGUCUGGCCAUGUCCGCCUGCUGUCUUGCCAGGACGAUCGCCUGCCCCUUGGUUGGAGCUAUCUACUCUAUUGGCGGCAGCGCUACCGCAUGGUUCGGUCUGACGCUCAUGGCCGUUUUCGGUGUCUUUCAGUUGAUCUGGGUACCCAAGGAGGAUGUCGGCCCGGUUGAAAUCGACAACGGCCUCAAGAAGGUUGUCCACAACAACGACGAUCACGAGGACGCGAUCGAUGACAUCUCGGUCAUCGGAUCUGUGCGCUAA